AUGGACGUAGGAAACUGCUCAGUGGGAAGCAACCCACUCGCCCAACUGCACAAACACACUCAGCAGAACAGGUCACUUCAGUUUAAUCAGCAGAGCAAUGGUCAUCUUAAUGAGUCCCCUUUACCGAAUAACAUCAACGCAAAUGUUAAUGAGGCCUUUAAAUCCACUAACAACACCAUUUCGCAAGAAGGUUUGGCGCAUAUGCAGAGGUUUAUAAACGGAGAACCCCUAGUCGAUUAUAAAAGAAGAACGGAAAUGGGACAGUCCUCAGCCAUGCCCCCACCUUUUUCAAGUAUGCAUUCUCUGCAAACCUCGCCAAACCCAAUCCAAAUCAAUGGAGCAAACAAUAUAUCACAUUGGUCACGGGAAUUUCAGGAUGGUGGUAGUACCCAAAAUAGAAACACUAUAGCAGGAAAUUCGGAGAAAGUAUGGCAAAACCCUUUACAAGCCACGUCUAGGCAAUUUCAAUAUCCCAACACUAUGAUGAAUAAUUAUCCUUACUCUUCAAUAAACAGUAUCAGUGGAUCAAGGCUCCAUUCACCUGGUUUUAUGAACCAGCAACUCCCUGGACGUUCUAAAGAAAAUGCCAAACAGGAAGGAGAACAGCCUUGGAUGGACCAGUUUGAAAAAUUGGAAAAAGAGGUCUCGGAAAAGCUGGAUAUCAAUGAUGAAGUAAAGGAAGUGGAAAAUAUGACUGAAGUAGAACAGAAUAAGCCUGAGACUGUGGGGAGAGACGAAGUAGUAUAUGGUGAUCAGUAUCAGUCCGACUUCCAAGAAGUAUGGGAUAGCAUUCACAAGGACGCCGAAGACGUUUUACCAUCUGAACUAGUUAAUGAUGAUCUCAACCUAGGGGAAGACUACUUGAAAUAUCUUGGCGGAAGAGUAAAUGGAAAUAUCGAGUAUGCUUUUCAAUCCAACAAUGAAUACUUGAGUAAUCCUAACGCUUAUAAAAUCGGUUGCCUAUUGAUGGAGAAUGGAGCCAAAUUGAGCGAAGCAGCGCUAGCAUUUGAAGCGGCCGUUAAAGAAAGACCCGACCAUGUGGACGCAUGGCUAAGAUUGGGGCUGGUACAAACUCAGAAUGAGAAAGAGUUGAACGGUAUAAGCGCUUUAGAGGAAUGUCUAAAAUUAGAUCCAAGAAAUUUAGAAGCAAUGAAGACUUUAGCGAUAAGCUAUAUAAAUGAGGGUUAUGAUAUGAGUGCCUUUACUAUGCUAGAUAGAUGGGCCGAAACCAAACACCCGGAAAUUUGGUCAAAUAUCAAGCAGCAAGAUGACAAGACUCAAAAAGAAAAAGGAUCCACCCAUAUCGACAUGAACGCGCGUAUAACAAAACAGUAUUUGCAAUUAGCCAAUAGCUUAAGCACAGUAGACCCUGAAGUACAGCUGUGCUUGGGUCUUCUAUUCUAUACAAAGGAUGAUUUUGACAAAACUAUCGAUUGCUUUGAAAGUGCGUUGAAGGUGAACCCAAAUGACGAGCUAAUGUGGAACAGAUUAGGAGCUUCAUUGGCCAACUCCAAUAGAUCAGAGGAGGCGAUUCAAGCCUACCACAGGGCACUACAAUUAAAACCGUCUUUCGUACGAGCUCGCUACAAUUUGGCGGUGUCGUCAAUGAAUAUAGGGUGCCUUAAAGAGGCUGCAGGUUACUUAUUAAGUGUCUUGAGUAUGCACGAAGUAAACACUAACAAAAAGGGAGACGUUGGAUCUCUCUUGAACACAUACAACGAUGCUGUGAUUGACACUUUAAAGAGAGUUUUUAUAGCGAUGAACAGGGAUGACCUUUUACAAAAAGUGAAGCCAGGAAUGGACCUAAACAAAUUUAGAGGUGAAUUUUCCUUCUGA